GCGGCGGUGGCGGGGCAGGCGCGUGGCCGGGUCCGGCGCGAUGAGCGGGGCUAGAGCGGCGCCGGGGGUGGCGGACGCGGUCCGAGGGCUGCGGGUGGACGGGCUGCCCCCGCUACCCAAGAGCCUGAGCGGGCUGCUGCACUCGGCGUCGGGCGGCGGCGCGUCGGGGGGCUGGCGGCACCUGGAGCGGCUGUACGCGCAGAAGUCGCGCAUCCAGGACGAGCUGAGCCGCGGGGGCGCGAGCGGCGGCGGGGCCCGGGCCGCGGGGCUGCCCGCCAAGCCUCCCAACCUGGACGCCGCGCUGGCCCUGCUCCGCAAGGAGAUGGUUGGCCUCCGCCAGCUGGACAUGUCCUUGCUCUGCCAGCUCUACAGCCUCUACGAGUCCAUUCAGGAGUAUAAGGGAGCGUGCCAGGCGGCGUCCAGCCCGGACUGCACUUACGCUCUGGAGAACGGCUUCUUCGACGAGGAGGAGGAAUAUUUCCAGGAGGAAAUAUGCCACGAUGGGGCAGGACGGGGCCCCCGGAGGGACCUGUCGCGGCCUGUCUCCUCGCUCUCCGGCAGCGACUGGAUUCUGGAGUCCAUCUAGAAAGGGAUCUCGGCGCAGAGGCCGCUGCUGCUCCCAGACCCGUUGUCAGCCUCAGCUUCUCCUCCCCAAGAAGGCUCCUCUGCUCCUCCAUCGUGGGCAGUCCCCGGGCGCGAGCCGCCAGGGCUGCCGGUUCAACUUGGAGGACACGUGUGGCAGUCUGUUGCGAUGGCUGGAGUGUCUGCCUAGGUGGCCUCGAGGUGCUCGGCGACGUGCUUGGCACCGCGGUACAGAGACACUCCUGCGCACGAGUCCUGUCCAUGCUGGGAACCUAAUGGGACGAUCCUGGGGGAAGACCCUCCCGGGCAUUUCACCCCAGACGACUUUUACUAGUUACUUCCUUGCAGGUGGUAGACGGUUUGCUAUACUCUCUGUUGUAGGAAUUGCCUCCAGAUUGCAGGGUAGGAAAGCUAACAUUUUGCAGACCCCCCCUUCCUUAAUACAUCGGCAGCCUUCCUUGCUUUCAUCUUGUGAGCGUUUAAGCUUUCUUUGUAAGCUGUGUUACUCACUGUCCCCGUGACUCCGUGAACGCUUUGUACCAAAAAAGUAAACAUUUCGGGCCACACCAGUCAACUGCAUUCUCUUCACCUGCUUGUGGCAGAGUGGAGAGAAUCAGGAAUGUAACAACCGCAACAGCAGCUGUUACUCUUUUCAGGCGUUGAACAGGAUGUCCACGGUCUCAUGCUAGUCAAAAUUUGGAUCCCUCUUUGUCUAUCCGAUGGAGGACGGAGGAAGAGAACACGGAGAUGGGUUACAUUGGCAAAAAGAAACAGGGGCAAGCUCCUGUUUUGUGUCAUUCACUGUAAGAUGGCAAACGGUUUUGUUCUGGAAAAUUCUAAAUGUAAACUAGUAUAUUAGAAAGCAAUCCUGCCUCUUCCACUCGAAGCAAUGAUCACCUUAAGCCUUAAUAUAUUUAUUAAAAUCUUUUAUGAACGCUUUGUACUUUGUAGGUUAAAAAUGAGGAUAAAAUGCUAA